AUGUUCUUAUCAGGUAGGGCAGAUCAGUUUCUGAUGAUUCUACUUUAGCUUCUAGAAGUGAUGAUAAUUCUUUUUUCUUAUGAGAUUAUAAGAAGGGACAAUAGAAAUAAAAAUUGAAUGGUCAUUCUAAUUGUGUCCUUUCAGUAUACCUUCUUCAUGAUGUUAACACAUUAGCAUCUGGUGAUGAUGAAGAACAUAUCCGUUUAUGGGAUAUAAAGACAAGACAAUAAAAAUUGAGAUUGGAUGGCCAUACAAGUUCUGUCAGGCCAGUAUACUACUUUUCUGGUAAUAAAUUAUCAUCAGUUAAUUGGGAUAACUCUAUACAAUUAAGAAAUGUUAAUUCAGGGCAAUAAAUUUAACCAUUGCAUAAUAGUUUUUAAGAUAAACUUGCAUACCUUAAGAAAGCUAUAUUUAAUUUUAUUUUAUUAAGAAAUUGGCUUCAAAUUUUGCUUUAGUCAUUUUCUUAAGAAUAUUUAAUUAUGGGCCAAACUUUGGAAUAUAUGUAGUUAAUUUUCUACAUGAUUAGAAACAAUUUUGAACUAAACUAGCAAAAACAAUAAGCAAGAAAGAAUUGA